CCUCUGCCAGUCCCGCCCCGGUCUCUUUGUGCUCGGCGGCUGAGGGAGGCAGAGCCAGUCAGUUAGCCAGCCAGCGGCGGCUCGCUUGCGGUUGUCGCCUUUCCCUCCGGCUCCCUCGCCCGCCCAAGGCCACCACCAUCAUGUCCGUGAGCUGCGGCGCCGAGGCGGGCUUCUCGAGCGAGGAGCUGCUCAGCCUGCGCUUCCCGCUGCACCGCGCCUGCCGCGACGGGGACCUGCCGGCCUUGCGCGCCCUGCUCCUCCAGGGCGCCUCCCGAGACUCCCUGGCGGCCGAGGACUCCUUCUACGGCUGGACGCCCGUCCACUGGGCCGCCCACUUCGGCAAGCUGGACUGUUUGAUGCAGUUAGUGAGAGCAGGAGCUUCUGUAAAUGCCUGUACAACACGUUUUGGCCAAACACCUGCCCAUAUUGCUGCCUUUGGAGGGCAUCCUCAGUGCCUCACCUGGUUAAUUCAAUCAGGAGCCAACAUAAACAAACAGGAUUAUGUUGGUGAAACACCCAUUCACAAAGCAGCCCGGUCUGGUAGUAUGGAAUCGAUAAGUGCCCUUGUGGCUCAUGGAGCUCAAAUAGACUUGAGAAAUGCCAGUGGCCUGACACCAGCAGACCUUGCACAUACCCAGGGCUUCCAGGAAUGUGCUCAGUUGCUCUCGAACCUCCAGAACUGUCCACUGAACAAUUUCUGUUACAAUGGUACCUCAAAUGGGGUCCAUCAGAAUAUGAGCCCUACCUUGCUCAAUAGAAGCAUAAAUCGAAAGAGAGCCUUUGAAGAUACAGGCAGUAUUCUAAUGAAGAAGGCCAGGACUGAAGGUCAGUGUUUCGGUGGCUUAAUACCAAUGACAAAUGGAGGAAAUGAAGACAAUGCUGACAAUAUGCAUGUUGAUAGAGAGUUUACUGUUCUAUCAGAUAUGAAUGGCAGUAACUCCAUAUUGAAUGCAUUGGCAAAUGGACAUACCAUCAAUGGACAUGUGGACUUCACUUCCCCAGCUCAGCUCAAUGGAUUGAGUGCCAGGGGCGAAGAAUGCCUAACAUUGAUAGUACCUAAUGCGCUAGCCUCUGCUCAUAAACAUGCUGUCAGUGUGGGCCAUAAUGUUGUUGAGGAACCAGAGAAGGCCCAGAGUGCUGCUUCUGAUAUGUGUGGCUCUUUGCACCUCAACGGGAGCCCAAGCAGCCUUGUGUCAAGCAGGCCCUCCUGGGUGGAUGACCUGGGGGAUACAUUGCACUACGGACAUUACCACGGUUUUGGGGACACUGCCGAAAGCUUCCCUGAACUUAACAGUGUUGUUGAGCAUUCCAAUUCUGUUAAAGUGGCACAGAAAUAUGACAGUACUGUCCUAGGUACAAUGUAUCUUUAUCAUGGUUCCUAAGCUUGUCAAUAUCACAAUUUUGUGGUUGUCACACAUAUUUUGAAACUUUACUACUUCAUAAGGUAAUUUGUUAGGGGGAGAUAUCAUCUUGAAGGAGGCAACAAGUGAUUUUUUUUUUACAGAUUAAAAACUUUGAUGCUUGACAGCCUUAUGCUUCUAAUUUUGCAUGCACAGGACUCAUUAGAUUUACGAAUAGGUGCUUUUACAAAUUGAUUGUUCUUUUUUUAAUGACAAGUUCUAGUUUUUUACUUUUUUAUUUCUAAACUAUAAGCACUCUAGAACUCGUUUCCACUUUAAGAUGUUCUAAACUUAAACUCUGUAGAGCAAAGUUCAAGUUUUUUAUAUUAGCACAGUGCAAAUUCUCUGGUUUAAUAUCUUCUGUCGAGACUAUGGUAAGCAAUAUCAGUGCCAGCUAUGACUAUGCAAAGAAUGGGUGGUGAUAAUAAAAACAUCUGACAUAAUCUUUUUGCUUACUUUUCAAAAGGGAAGUGCAUUUUCUUUUUAAUAUUAGCAAAUUUACUGCUUAAAUUAGCAUUUAGAUGGCUCAAACCACAUCAUACUGUGUGGUUCGCUAGUAUAAAACUGUUAGAAGAACCUGGAGAUCUUUUCCUUUUGUUUCAUUGCAAGUAAGCAUGAUAUUUUACCAUAGUUCACAGAAUAGCAUGCUGACACUGUUAUACUGUGUAUGUGAAUUACAGAAACUGUUUGUUGAAAUGUCUGGUCAAUAUAUUUCAGCUUUGUUUUGCUACAUAUGCAUAUAUUUUUGAGGUUCUUCUCAUUUUUUUUUUUAAAAAAAGAGAAACACAUUGCUUUAAACUGUUGACAUGUUGUGAAUUUCCAGCCUAGUGCAAAGGCUAUGUUGUUUUAUUUUUAAGCCAAAAGUGAUGGAAAUAUAUUGUUUGAAGAUUGAAUAAAUUGUUUGUAUAUGCAGAAUAUCUACACGUGCACUGCAGGACUUUGUAACCUUAUUACUUUUGUGAUUUUUUGGUAAAAUUAAGAUGGAUGAAGAAAGUGUUGAACUAUAGGUUGAUGUUCUGUUUAAAUUGUGUUCGUAUCUUUUUGUUUCAAAAGGGACCUUUACAACUGAAUUCAAAAAAUAAACUCCAUCUUGUACUAUA